AUGAGAUCGAAAAAGUUUAUCUGUCUUGCUCUAAGUUGCUUCUCAACACUUGUCCAAGCUUGCGGUGGACAUGAUCAUCAGGUUAGAGAAUGGUCCCAAGAGGAACUUGACGAAUUAGAAAAGAAAUGGGGGGCGGAGUGGGGGUUCUCGGGCAUUUCCACAUUCGCUCACCUAGAAUAUCACAAGUGCCUAACGACGCCGAGUGAGCUCUUUGAUAUCGCCAUCAUCGGUGCUCCUUUUGAUACUGCCGUGAGCUACCGGCCUGGAGCGCGCUUUGGCCCCCGUGCCAUCCGCGCCGCCUCGGCACGACAGACGUCCUUCCGGGGCUUUAACCCCCGCGCCGGAAUUAACCCCUACGCGAGCUGGGCGCGGAUUCUGGACUGCGGGGAUAUUCCCGUAGUGCCGGUAGACAAUGCGGUGGCGGUGAAACAGAUGACAGCUGCGUUCACAGAGCUGGGGGAGCGGGCCCCGUCUUCACCUUCCCUACACGCGCGCCCUAAGCUCGUCACACUGGGCGGUGAUCACAGCCUAUCCCUACCGGCGCUGCGGGCGGCGUUUGCAGCCCACGGUCCGCUGCGCGUGCUCCAUUUCGAUGCGCACCUGGAUACCUGGCAUCCGGCCAAAUACCCUAGCUACUGGGCCUCGGAGCAGUCACGCUUUACACACGGUUCGAUGUUUUACCUGGCCGGGGAAGAGGGUCUGAUAGCAAAUGGAACGGAGUCCGCAAGUGUGCAUGCUGGGUUACGGACACGACUGUCCGGCUUAGAAGACUACGAAGAUGACGACGCGCAGAACUGGGUGCGUAUUAGUGCGGAUGAUGUCGAUGAUCUGGGGACAAAGGGGAUUGUAGAGAGUAUCAUGGGGACGCUGGGAACGGAGGACCCGGUCUACUUAUCGGUUGAUAUCGACGUGUUAGAUCCAGCGUUUGCACCGGGGACGGGAACGCCGGAGCCGGGAGGGUGGACUACGCGGGAACUAAUCCGGAUACUAAGGGGAAUUGAGGGGUUGAAUCUUGUGGGAGCGGAUGUGGUGGAGGUUGCGCCGGCGUAUCAGGGGGUUGGAGAAGAGACGGCGCUAGCGGCGGCACAGGUUGUUUUUGAGAUACUAAGUAGUAUGGUUAAGAGGGGGUUGAAGGAGAUGGGGAAGACGGGGGCGAGUUUAGAGAGGGACGGCGAUAGAGAUGAGUUAUAG